AUAAUCACUUUGAAACUUCAGAAUGUUUAAUUGAAACUCUUAAUGUAAAUCUAUUGCUUGCUUUCAAUGUGUAUUCUUGUUUGCAAUCUCAAUGAGAGAGAGCUUCAAAAUACGUUUAAGGCUAUGAUUACAUUUACUAAUUAUUUUAUCCUUAUUAAGGUGAGAAUGGGGUUGGGUAGUUUGGGAAUAAAGCCAAGAACACGUUUAACUUGUACCAGGUCCAGUGGCGUAACUUUUCCAUUUCACUGGGCUAACCAGUAGAAUAUGGAAUGUCAUACGAAUGUUCUUUUACUCACACUCUCGGGGUAGGGGAGUGUAGAAUUAAAGGGCACAGGUUUAAGGAGAGGAGACAAAGAUUUGAAAGGGAUGUGAGAUUUUUCACACAGAAGGUCAUAGGGUCAUAGGUCAUAAGUAAUAGGAGCAGAAAUAGGCCAUUUGGCCCAUCAAGUCUACUCCGCCAUUCAAUCAUGGCUGAUCUAUGUCUCCCCCCUAAUCCCAUUGACACUUUGAUCGGCAUGGACAGUUUGGGCUGAAAGCCCUGCUUCUACGAUGUUAAAUUCCAUGAUUCUAUGACUAUAAUACUAGCUGCUUUUAUUUACAUUCCAUUGGACAUGUUCAGACUAGUUAAGCAAAAACAAAUGCCUGUAGUUCAAUAAAAAUGAAUAUUAUUUCAUUGCUUUAACUCUAAAUACACUGGAGCGUAACAUGAAUGUUUCAAAGUAAAACUAGUAUUUUUAGCAAUGGAUAUUUAAAACCAUAUCAAUAAAAAUUCAGGACAAUUUAGAGUUCAUGUGAAUAAUCCUGAGGGGAAACUAUCAAAUUAUCCAAACACCUUUUUUUUCUUGAGUCGAAGCAUCCUGCUCUGAAAGCAUUGACUCAUUCUCAGCCCAUCAUCUGUAAUAGUAUUUCGUAAUGUCCGGGGAAUUUUCAAUGAUAUCAUCUCACAAGUUCGUAACAAGGUUCCGACUAUAAGUAGAGAGCCUUAACCAUGACAGUUAGAAGCAUCUUCAGCAGCUCAAGAGUAGUGAGCAGAAUAGUUGGAAAAUUGUUGAAGCAAAGAAAAUGAACAGCCAAAUUCUCCUCACCAGCCUGACCAUGUUUGUACUCUAUGUGGCAUCUACACAAGCUGCAUCUAUUGGAAAUUCAAAAGUGAGUCUUCGCUGCCAGUGCAUCAAUACACACUCCAAAUUCAUCCAUCCGAGGCGCAUGGAGAAUCUUAAAAUUAUUCCAAGUGGUCCACACUGCUCACAAGUUGAAAUCAUUGCAAUCCUUAAAAAUGGUUCCUUGGUGUGUUUGAAUCCUCAAGCUGUUUGGGUGAAAAAAAUCAUUGCCAUGAUGACCAAUAGUUCUUAGAUGACUAAUGAAGCUCGCUCUUCAAAGAUCAAAGGCUGAAUGUCAAGUGUGUUAUGCUCAUUCGAAGUCGAGAUUCUGGACCAGCUCAGGAAUGUACUUUUAUACUCAGGCCUGUCACGGAUUUACAUCGGCCUGUGAAAGAAUGGCUCGUUUAAAACAGUGUUCAUCUUUUUCUUACUAAUUAGGACACUCAGACUAUCUACACCAUUUGUUUGCUAUCUCUAAUCUGAGGUUUUGUAACUUAAUAUGUAUUUAUGUAUUAAAUUAUUUGAGACAUUGACUGCUUGAAAACUGAAAGUGGCACCUUGUAAAGGAUCUGUAGUGAGAAAUUAGUUGGAAAUGGAUUAACUGUGGAAAAACAAUGUGGUUUCUCCAUGAGUGUGUUAAUCCCUGCUUACGUGUUGGCAAGAGAUGAAUGAAAACUCAGGACACAGGUGUUCCCUUUGUUGAGGUUUCAUUUGUCCAUGUAGUGGCAUCCAGAGCUUACACAUGGACUAUGCCGUUAAAUACCUGGAGUAUUUUUUAUUCUGUUAUCGCACUGGCAGUUGCUAAAUGUCAAGUUAUGGUUCUGCAGAAUUUGGCAGAAAAGGAAUUGUAAAUUCAGCAAAGGACCAUGCCAGUAACGGCAUUGAUUUUUAUUGUAAUUUGUUCCACUUGCACUUAAUUUAUUUGCCCUUAAUAUUUAUAAAACGCCUUAUUUAUGUGUAUUUAUGUCUUCCUGUGAAAGUAAUUAAUUGUUUUGAUGUUAUUUAAAUCUGUAUUUGUGCAAUUGAUCUGUAACUUUCUUUUGUGGUAAAUGAGUAUUGUGAAAUAUUGGAGCAAAAAACAAACUGCUGGAGGAACUGAGAUGAUCAGGCAGCAGGAGGGUGCUCAAUGUUUUCUAUCCAAGCUCCACAUCAGGAUUGGAGCAGGGUCUUGACCCCAGGAGUCAACCAUCCCUUUGCUCCACACAUUCUGUCUGGCCUUUUAAACUCCUCCGGCAGUUCUUUUAUUCUAGAUUAAAGUAACUGCUGUCUCUUGUGUGUCCAUUGUGAAAUAUUUGUAUUUGGAUAAAUGAAGAAUUAUUUUCUAUCUUUAUUAAAAAAUAUUAAACCUA